AAUAGAAAUUCCCUACUCUCUCUGUUGUUGUCGCCUCCUCGCUAGUCUUUUGCCAAACUCUGUUCUACGCCCGCUAAUUUCCGGGAAAAUUUCGUUGAUAAAAUUGAAAAAAGCUUAAACUUUCCAUCCAACCAAACAGAAUGGAACAAGAAGAAAUCUUAGUAGACCAAAGCUUCCCUCUUUUCAAACCUUCAAAAAACCCUAAAAAACCUCCCAAAAAUCCUAAACCAACUACCGCCGCCGCGGCCGAAGAACCAGCCACUAACUGCUCCAACGGCGAACCACACAUUGAAAAGUCGGCGGCGAACCUUAGCAAUGAUUCCACCCCAACCACAUUUGCCGAGCUUGGGCUCUCGGAUUGGGCCGUCGAGACUUGCAAGGAGCUGGGCAUGCGAAAGCCAACGGCGGUUCAGUCCCACUGCAUUCCGAAAAUCCUCGAGGGCCGCGACGUGCUUGGUCUGGCCCAAACGGGUAGCGGAAAGACGGCGGCUUUCGCGUUGCCGAUGCUGCACCGUUUGGCUGAGGACCCCUAUGGUGUGUUUGCGUUGGUGGUGACGCCGACUCGAGAGCUCGCUUACCAGAUGGCCGAGCAGUUUCGGGCACUGGGCUCGUGUUUGCACUUGCGGUGCACAGUUAUCGUCGGAGGGAUGGACAUGUUGACCCAAGCGAAGAGCUUGAUGGCCAGGCCUCACGUGGUGAUUGCUACUCCAGGGAGGCUCAAGGUCUUGCUCGAAGAGAAUCCUGAUAUUCCUCAUGUUUUUUCCAAGACCAAGUUUCUAGUUUUGGAUGAAGCAGAUAGAGUUUUGGAUGUGGGCUUUGAAGAGGAACUGAGGGUGGUGUUUCAGUGCUUGCCGAAGAAUCGGCAAACCCUGUUGUUUUCUGCGACAAUGACUAGUGACCUGCAAACGCUACUUGAACUUUCUGCUAAUAAGGCCUACUUUUAUGAGGCAUAUGAAGGAUUUAAGACAGUUGACACUCUUAAGCAGCAGUUUAUUUUGACACCCGAAAAUGUAAAGGACGUUUAUCUGGUGUACCUUUUAUCUAAAUUGGAAGAUAUGGGUAUUCGCUCUGCCAUCAUAUUUGUCUCAACCUGCAGAGACUGUCAUUAUUUAAGUUUAUUACUGGAAGAGCUUGGUUAUGAAGCUGCAGCAUUGCAUUCAUUCAAAUCUCAGUCUUUAAGGCUUGCUGCGAUACACCGGUUCAAGUCUGGAAAGGUUCCUACAUUGCUUGCUACUGAUGUUGGCAGCCGUGGUUUGGACAUUCCUACGGUUGAUCUUGUCAUCAAUUAUAAUGUUCCAAGGUUUGCGAGAGAUUAUGUUCAUCGUGUGGGGCGUACUGCAAGAGCAGGCAGAGGAGGGUUGGCUGUUAGCUUUGUUACUCAAAAUGAUGUAGAACUUGUUCAUGAAAUAGAAGCUGUUCUUGGGAAACAAUUGGAAGAAUUUGAAUGUAAAGAGAAUGAAGUCCUUUCAGAUAGCACAAAGGUUUGGAAUGCCAGAAGAGUAGCAAAAAUGACAAUGAUGGAUGAUGGAUUUGAUGAGAAAGUAAAAGAACGAAAACAACAGAAAAAAAAGACGCUAGCAGCCAAAGGAUUAUUGAAUAAAAAGAUUAGAAAGAGGAAAAGGGGAAAAAAAUCUGUUGAAUGAUUCAACUUUUUUACUCAUUUUGAUAUACCAAUUACACCAAUUUUGUAGAAUAUUUAUUCAAUUUUUGUUUGUGCGUUAAAAAAGUAAACUAGCGUCUCGCUUGUAGACGAUAAUUUUUAAAGUGACAUAAUUUAUUUGUACGGAUUAUAUUAUUAAUGGCAUAAAUAGAAUUUGUCUGACAAAAACACUAUCAUAAUGUACAAGUGUUAAUUAUAUAAUUCUAAUCUUCUAUGUUUUGAGUAUUA